AUGGCGGAUUCCGAGCGCCUCUCAGCCCCCGGCUGCUGGGCCGCCUGCACCAGCUUCUCGCGCACCCGAAAGGGAUUUCUUCUGUUUGCUGAGAUUAUACUAUGCCUGGUGAUUCUGAUCUGCUUUAGCACCUCGACAUCAGGGUACUCUUUCUUGUCGGUGAUAGAGAUGAUCUUUGCUGCCGUCUUCUUUGUUGUCUACAUGUGUGACCUGCACACCAAGAUACAGAUCAUCAACUGGCCUUGGAGUGAUUUCUUCCGAACCCUUGUAGCGGUCAUUCUCUACCUGAUCACCUCCAUUGUGGUGCUCGUUGAGAGAGGAAACAACUCCAAAAUCGCUGCAGGGGUACUGGGCCUAUGCGCUGCAGGCCUCUUUGGCUAUGAUGCCUACAUUACCUUCCCCUUGCGGCAGCAGAGACAUACAGCAGCCCCUACUGACCCUGCAGAUGGCCCGGUGUAG